AAAAUUAUGAAAUUGUAAAAUUGAAAAAUUAAAGAAAUUUACUAAAUUUACUGUGAACUCAACAUUGUAGAACCGAAGAAGUCAAAUCAAAAGUUUUUUCAUUUUGUAAUGAAAAUAUUUAGUUUAUCAAAAUUUUUUCUGAAUAUAUGCAUAGAUUUUUUUAUAAGCUUUUGUGAAAUCUCCGAAAACUAUAUUUAUAGAACACAGCAAAGUUUAAGAACAUUUCGUAGAAUAUUGAAGACAAUAAUGGAUGAGGAUAACGAGCUAGUUCAAGGACUCGUUCGUCAGCGCGUCAUCGAUGAUAUUGACCCCGACCAACCAAUAAUAGUGGAAGAUGUUAAUAUGGAUGAUGAGAUUUAUUCUAGCGCCGAAGAGGUUGACUGGACUUCGUCCAACUCAUCCGAUAGUGAUGAUUCAAUGAGGGGGGCCAUGUUGCCAUUGCGUUCACUUCAAGGUCUCGCACAGUAUAAUACAUCUCGUCCAAAAAAAAUGUACACCUUUCAACCAUAUCGUCUCACAAAGCGUUACUUCAGAAAUCGUAAUGCAAUGGGUGGUUAUCCGUUAGCGAGGAGUGGUCACCGUGUUAUCGCUUCAGAAUCAAAUCUAUACUCAUUGGGUGGUUAUAAUCCACGCACGGCUAAUUCAGCCAGGAGACGUGGUCGUUGUCUGCUGUUUCAAGAACUUUGGGCUUAUAAUUUUGCUGCCAAUAAAUGGAGUCUCGUACUAGACGCACGCACCACUUCAGGCAUGCCUACCGAGUUGGCUUCAAAUGCUUUGACCAUAUACAAAAAUGUAUUAAUUAACCCCAAAGAGGUUGACUGGACUUCGUCCAACUCAUCCGAUAGUGAUGAUUCAAUGAGGGGGGCCAUGUUGCCAUUGCGUUCACUUCAAGGUCUCGCACAGUAUAAUACAUCUCGUCCAAAAAAAAUGUACACCUUUCAACCAUAUCGUCUCACAAAGCGUUACUUCAGAAAUCGUAAUGCAAUGGGUGGUUAUCCGUUAGCGAGGAGUGGUCACCGUGUUAUCGCUUCAGAAUCAAAUCUAUACUCAUUGGGUGGUUAUAAUCCACGCACGGCUAAUUCAGCCAGGAGACGUGGUCGUUGUCUGCUGUUUCAAGAACUUUGGGCUUAUAAUUUUGCUGCCAAUAAAUGGAGUCUCGUACUAGACGCACGCACCACUUCAGGCAUGCCUACCGAGUUGGCUUCAAAUGCUUUGACCAUAUACAAAAAUGUAUUAAUUAGUCAUGGUGGUACGGGAUUUCCAUUUGGCGAAUAUUGUUCUAAUGAUUGUUAUUUUUAUUCUACGGGACAAAAAUCUAUUGUUACCAAAUUACAAGUGACAGGCGAUUUACCUUUAGCUCAAUAUGGACCAGCAAUUGUUAUACAUAACGAUUAUUUAUAUACAAUUGGAGGAACGACUGGUUUUGAUUAUUCCUGUGAUAUUUAUCGACUCCAUUUAAUAAAACGAGUUUGGGAAAAUGUGUAUAUCAGUCGCCCAGAAAUGCGUGACGAUCCUGAGGGACGCUAUCGACAUGAAGUAGUUUAUGAUGGAAAACAUAUAUACGUUUUAGGUGGUGGCACAUCACAAUUGGUGUAUGAUUUGGAAAGAAUACCUGCAUUUAAUCUAAAAACGAAUCGUUGGGAAUAUUAUGAUACGUUACCAGAUCCAACGCUUGUAAAUAACACAGAUCCAAGAUCAGGAUAUCCUAAACCAAGAAAAUGUUUUGCGUGCGUUCAGCAUACGUUAAGUAAUGGAGAUGUAGAGGCUUUUAUAUCCGGUGGAUUACAGGGUGACUCCAGAACAUAUUUUGCUGAUAUCUGGAAAAUAAAUAUAACCACAAAGCAGUGGUAUCUAAUACGUACUGCACGUUUACCAAGACCAAUAUAUUUCCACUCAGCUGCAAAUUCUGGUAAUGGUUGCAUGUACAUAUUUGGUGGAAUAGAGUGUGGUGAGAAGGAUAUGCGACGUCGCAAUGAUCUUUAUAAAAUGUGGAUGACUAUACCAAAGCUCUCCGAAAUGUGCUGGGAUGCUAUAACAUAUUAUAACGAAGACCUUGACAUAUAUAAUCGCGAAAUUUUACUAGAUGCAGGCAUACCAGAUCGUUUCGUUAAUAGAGUACCACUGCGUAUACGCAAGAAACCACGCUCUGAAAUCAACGAAACGCGUUUAGAUAGUUCUUUCGAAAAUUUACCAAAACGGCAGCGUUCCCGAACUCAAUGAAGACCAGCUUAGUCUUAUAAUGAUAACGAGAUUCAUAUAAUGUUGUAUAUUCAUAAGUGAAACAUAAUUCAUAAUUUAAAAGGAUUCAUUGUUGAUAUUCAAUACUUCGAAUGGAGAUUAUCGGUGGUAAAGAAAAGAAUUUAUUUUUAUAGCUCAAUUUAUUAUAAAAAAACAAUUGCAUAAAUUCGCACCAUAAUAUAUUUAUAUAAAAGUAUGUGCGUAUAUAUCUUUACACGUCCAUGUGCUGCUCGAUUACUUUAAUAAAAUACGCAUAAUAUUCGCUUAAAGUUAAAAUCUAAGAUAUUCAAAAUCCAUUAAUAUUCGAUGGAACUAUAUUUAUAUAUUUUGUUUAAUUUAUUGCAGCGAUAUUUAUUAUAAAAAAUCUUGUUUAAAAUACAAAACAAUUGUUCAUUCAAUAUAUUUUAUUUGCCAUGUUAAAAAAUUUCAAUACUUAUCACAUGUAUAUCUUUUAAUAAAUUGGUUUAAAAC